UGCACAUGUGUUGUGAGUUGUCUAUUUGGCCAGUUUUUUUUUAAAGUCCGACUUGUCUCCAGAUUUACCUGUGGAUUUACCUAGAUCGAACAAAAAUAAUAUUGUAUCUAGCAACUCUAGUCGAGAUUCUAACCUAAAAAAAAAUGCAAAAAAUACCACUCCCAGCAAAGGUGAAGUUAGAAUCAAGCGAAUUUUCCUCUACGUCGCCUGAGGUACACAAUUCAUUGUCGAAAGAGAGCAAAGGACGCUACGAGAGUACGUACCAAAAAUUCAUAGACUGGAGUCGUAAAAACAAAGCGACAAAAUGCACCGAAAGCGUUCUAUUGGAGUAUUUUCGAACAAUAACUCACAAGAGGUCACUGUGGUCUAUCUACACAAUGCUCAAAUCAUGUCUACUUUUGUACCAAAACAUUGACAUAUCACAAUUUUCAAAACUGAGAUUAUAUAUAAAACGACAAAGUCAACACUGCAAGCCAAAAAAAUCGACGGUUUUAGAAGAUCUCCACAUCACCAAAUUCAUUACAGAAGCACCUGAUUCGAAAUUUUUAAUGAUGAAGGCGGCUUUAGUUUUAGGUGUUUCUGGAAUGUGCGGAAGAGGCGAACUGUGCAACAUGAAACCAUCAGAUCUUGAAUUUAAAGCAGAAACUGUUGUGGUUACACUGUCAAAGACGCAAACAAACACCCCUAGGACUUUUGUUGUUUCUAAUACACAGUGGGUUGAUGUUUUGAAAAAAUACAACACUGCUAGGAAAACAAAUCAUCCGCGGUUUUUCCUAACGUAUCGCAACGGAAAUUGCAUAAAGUCGCCCGUUGGGGUUAACACUAUUGGCAAAAUCCCGUCCAAAAUAGCUCGGUAUCUUCAGCUUCCAAAUCCAGAACGCUACACCGGCCACUGUUUUCGUAGAAGUUCGGCGACAGUGAUGGCUGAUGAUGAUCUGGUUGAAGUUAAAGAGGAGCUUGAGGAAGAAUGGGACGAAUCAUACAGUCAGGACCCGCUACAAAUUGAAACUGAGUUAUCGGGAAAAAUCAGCUCUUUACCGUCGACUUCGUUAAUAAAGCACGAAAUAAUCGACACCCAAGAAGCUUUUACACCUGUAUUCAUAAAAAAUUGCAAUUAAUGUAUUUAACAAUUAUUCGAAUCCGCCGCCUUCCUCUAACUGAUAUUUUUAAUUCAAUAAACUUGUUUCAGUUGUAGUCAAAA